CAAUCAAUCAUGCAUACUCAAAACCACUUAAAGAGGAAGAGCGAGGUAAGAAAAGAAAACAAAGAGUAGAGAGAGUUAUUGAUUAUAUUUUAUAAGUAAUUAUUUUGCAGUUGGUUAAUUAUGGGUUAUUGCGAUGGUAAGUGGACGCCGGUAAUUAUUAUGAUUACGAUAAACUCAGCGCUAGGCUUAGGUAAUGCUCUGGUCAAAAAGGUACUCGAUGGUGGUGUUAAUCAUAUGGUUAUAGCAACAUACCGGCUCGCUAUUUCUACCUUAUUUUUGGCACCAAUCGCAUUUUUCUGGGAACGGACAACAAGACCGAAACUUACGCUCAACAUCUUGGUUCAGCUUUUCUUCAGUGCUCUUGUUGGGGCAAGUUUGACUCAGUAUUUCUUCCUACUGGGGCUAUCGUACACAUCGGCUACGAUAGCAUGUGCUUUUAUUAGUAUGUCACCUGCGGUUACGUUCGUUUUAUCUUUAGUAUUCAGGGUAGAGAAGCUAAACAUGAAAAGCAAAGCAGGUAUGGGGAUGGUGAUGGGCACUUUGAUAUGCAUUGGAGGAGCCUUAUUACUAACAAUGUACAAAGGUGUUCCCUUGACAAAAUUUCACAAACUAGAAUCCCAUCUAUUGACGAACCAUAACCCCGCAUUGAAACCCGAGAACUGGAUCGUCGGAUGCGUGCUUCUCUUCGCGGGUAGUAGCUGUUUCGGGUCGUGGAUGCUAAUACAAUCCAAAGUGAACGACAAAUACCCUUGUCAAUACUCAAGUACCGUCGUAUUAUCUUUCUUCGGCACCAUUCAAUGCGCCCUUUUAAGCCUCAUCAAAUCUAGAGAUAUCACGGCUUGGAUCCUCACAGAUAAACUGGAUAUCAUGACCAUUGUUUAUGCAGGAGCAGUAGCACAAGGAAUAUGUACAGUGGGAACAUCUUGGUGCAUCAGAAAGAGAGGACCUAUCUUUACUUCAGUUUUCACUCCGGUGGGGCUUAUCUUCGCAACUCUAUUUGAUUUCUCGAUCCUUCAUCGUCAAGUUUGCAUUGGAAGUGUUAUCGGAUCUGGGAUUGUAAUCUUCGGACUAUACAUAUUUUUGUUGGGAAAGGUAAGGCAAAUGGAGGAAGAGUGUGCAAAGAAGUUGCCUUCUCAUUUUGGUCAAGAAGAAAGCCAAGAUGAUGAACACUACAAAAAGGGUCAUCUUAUGGUUGUUCCAAUGACUCCUUGAUAUAUAUAUAUAUAUAUAUGCUCAGACCUCUCCUUUUGUUCUUCACUCUAUACAAUAUGUUGAAAGUAAUAAUUUCAAGCAUAAAAGCCAACCAAGGCUAUUAUCAAUUUGGUACAGAACUUUCCUCUUUGAAUUCUAUUUAAUCUGCAUACCUGCUGCAUCCAUAAAUAGUGAGCCCAUCCACAAGUGAACUACAUGGACGUAGUAGUCCAACUGGUCAACAAGCUGCAUCUUCUUUAUUGCUUGUGUAUCUAUCUUUUAUUGUAUCCACAAGUUUAAGUUUAUUUUAAAAUAUUUAUACAUUGAUGUGUGUUGGUUUAGAUUAUUUGCAUACCCCAUCUAUGUACGAUAUUAUGAUUCUAGUUGUUAUGCUAUUAUGUAUUUUAAAUUUACUUUAUUAAUUA